ACCAAAUCCGCUACGGGUGGGAAAGUGGAUAAGAGAGUGCCCCGGGCGAGCUCAACGCCAGAGCAGAGAAAGCACACCGCAAUGGCGUCGCCGUCGUGUGCCUCCACGCUGCCCUGGACCGCCGCCGCCUCCUCCCCCUCCUCCGCCUUCUCCUCCCCGAUCCGCCUCCAGACCCGCCGCGCCCCCUCGCUGGUCAUCGUCGCCCAAGGCAGGGUCAAGAAGUACCGCCAGGUCAUACUUAAGGACGACAUCGAUGAGAUAAGUGGCAAGAAGGGCGACACGAUGAAGGUCCGGGCCGGGUUCUACCGCAACUUCCUGCUCCCCAAGGGCAAGGCCACGCUGCUCACCCCGGACGUCCUCAAGGAAAUGCAAGUGGAGCAGGAGAGAAUCGAGGCUGAAAAGAAGAGGGUAAAAGAAGAGGCACAGCAACUCGCGCGAGUCUUCGAAACCAUCGGGGCGUUCAAGGUGCCACGUAAAGGUGGCAAAGGAAAGCAGAUCUUCGGGAGGCAAGUCCUAGUUGCACAGUUUCAUCGUCUCACACAUUUCUCGUUUUCUCCAAUCCACAUCCUCUCACACAUUUCCUGUGCCUCACACAGCGUCACGGCGCAAGAUCUCGUCGACAUCAUCAAGUCGCAGCUUAACAGGGACGUCGACAAGCGGCUGGUGGAGGUCCCGGAGAUCCGCGAGGUCGGGGAGUAUGUUGCGGAGAUCAAGCUCCACCCCGAUGUCACAGCCAAGGUGAGGCUGACUGUGUAUGCCAAGUGAGCGGUCUGAUCUCGCCAUAUACUCUGAACAUCCUGCAACUGUUGUGCCUGGGAGCUAGCGAGGAUGGGUUUUACAAAAAUGUUGUUCAUGGCCUUGUAUACAUUAGGAGAAGCAUGGAGAAUUUUUACCAAGUGAAUAUGUGAAAUCCUUUUUUGUUCAUUUGUCGGCAGAGAUCCAUUUUGCUAAAUAAUUAGAUUUUCCAUCCAUUGGUUGACGCUA